AUGAAGUUGCAUUGCGACGUUGAAGUUGUAAAUCGGAUGCUGCCCACAUUCGGCGUCAAAAGCAAAGGCAGAGGAUCCAGGGCCGUGCUGUCUAUUGGGAAACAUGUGGAUAAAAAUACACAGCGGACUAAUGUCUAUUUAUUGAUAUGCACAGCAAAAGACAGAGCUGGAUCCAAGUACAAGCUGAAGGAGAAUAUAGAGAAGUUUUUCACAUGCUUUGUAGAAGAGGGGAAAGCCACUGUACGACUUAAAGAACCCAUGGUGGACAUCUGCAUGAGUAAGGCGGAUACUGCCAGCCUGAAAACCUUCCUCUCGGCUGCUCAACUUGCACACAGAGGAGCCGUUAGAGACAGCCUUGCCCUCUCUACACUUACCCCUGUUCGUGCCAGAGAUGUGGAGAAACCCAAAAAGAAGCUCACCAUCAUCUCCAAGAAGGACUAUCCCCUCACAUCCAGCUUCCCCUACUCUCUGGAGCAGCUACAAGUGUCGUACUGCAAGCUGUCUAGGGUGGACAUGCGCAUGCUGUCUCUAAAAUCACUGCGAACACUUGACCUCAGCAAUAACCACAUCAAGAAGCUCCCAGACACCAUUGGUGACCUCCACUUCCUGACAGAACUGAUUCUCCACAACAACCACUUGGAGAGCUUCAGUGAAGCACUGUGCCUCUCCAGUCUUCAGAAAUCUCUGCAGCAUCUGGACCUGAGCCAAAAUUGCCUAAAGCUGCUGCCUGCUUGCUUUUGCAAGUUGCAUGAGCUUGUUAACCUCAAACUGGAUGACAAUAAGCUGGUACAGCUGCCCUUUCACAUCGGCCAACUCGCCAAGAUGCGCUUCCUGUCAGCUGCCCACAAUAAGCUCACCGUGCUGCCCGGAGACUUCUGCAAGCUGUCACUGGAGAACUUGGACCUGUUCGGGAACCCCUUCGCUCAGCCCAAUCCUCUUGAUCACAGCAUUCAGCUCACAUUACCUCUCAAUCUGGAGGAGCUGGCCUCCAGGGCUGUGCUCAACUAUAGAAUCCCUUACGGGCCUCAUCUCAUCCCCUUCCACCUUUGUGGUGACAUGGAACUGGCAAAGUUGUGCAACUGCGGCUGCAGCUGUGUAAGCUCGUACAUACAGACGGCUGUAAGUAUGAACCUGCACCUAGUGUCUCACACUGUGGUGCUAGUGGACGACAUGGGAGGCACAGAGGCUCCCAUUCAGCGCCAUUUCUGCUCCCUCACAUGCUACUGCCAGUUCUUGGACAGCUGUGUGCAGAGAGGCCUGAGCUGAGAAGAACAUAACGUCCUUGAGAGAAGAAGCUCUUCCUUCCAUUCCUGAACACAAUGACCGUUAUAAUCAGCAAUCCUGGUUGCCGUGGUUUAUCCAGUUUCUGCUUGUUUGUUACAGUUAUGUGUGGUAUUGCCACAUCAGUAAUGGAUUAGCUACAGGUCAGUGUUAACCCAUCAUGAAACAUCACUUGGUAUGAAGUACCUUGUGCUCUCAUGGUCAUAAUUUAUUAUUAUUUUUAUUUCAAAUUGACACUACAGAUGGAAAGUUGAAGCAGGGCUUAUUCUUCAGACUUAUUGUUUUUCUGUGUUGAAGGAGGUACAACCAAAUAAAUAUCAGAUAGUUUUAAAGGCAGAUUGAUGAUUAGCAAAACAAGGUAGUGUUAUGAAUUGGUCGAUAAUUGUCCAUGAUUUUGUGUAUGGCAUGGUUCUUGUUCUUUGGAUUUUGGUGUAUUAUCAAAUAAAUAAAAAUUUUUGAACCUCUAAACUGAAACUCUAAAGUUCAAAAUUAAGUACCAAAACUCUAAUUUCACAUUAUGUUGAACAAAUUACCAGACAGUUCAUCUCAUGACAGUUCAUCUCAUGACUGUUAAUCCUGUUAAUUGGAGAGCAAUGGAACAAUUUUAUUUUACCUUUUAAAACAGGAUUUCAUGUACAUUUAAUGGUGCUUAUGGAAAACCCAUGGCCUAAAUAUUACAGAAAUCGAGUAGGUCAGUCGUUGUCCUUAUUAAGUCUUAUUUAUAUAAGUUUGCAUCCCCACUGAUGAGAACUACUUACUUUAUUUUUAUGUACCUCAUUGGAAACAGGGACACCACACUACAAAAGUUAAGAUAAAGGAGAUAGGGAGAUAAAGGAGACUGUUGUGUGUGAAAUGGGAAAUUGUGUGUGAUCAGCAGUUUAUGAAACACUCAAGCCAGCCCUACUGGUACCAACAGCCAUGCCACAAUCAAAGUCACAGAGAUCACACUUUUUUUUUUUUUUUUUUUUUUUUCAUUCUGAUGUUUGAUGUGAAUGUAAACUGAACCUCUUGACCUAUAUCUACAUGAUAUAUCACACACACACACACAGUGGAAAUAAGUCUACACACCCAUGUUAAACUGGCGGGUUUUUGUGAUGUAAAAUAAAAUCAGGAAAAAUAAAAUACUUACAAUAACCUGGUUGCAUAAGUGUGCACAGAUCAGUGCAGAUCCAAAGGAGGAAUAAAAAAGUGUGGGGAGGGGGGUUAUAGCACUACCAGGUCAUUCAGGUUGGCUAACAUUGACACGCUUCUAAUGAAGGAACGCGCUGCUGUAUCGAGGAUUGAUAAAAGUGUUAAAAAAAUAAAUGGAGAUGGGCAUGGCUCAGAAAAACAGGGAGAAUGGCAAGGCUUUUGGUUUGUGGGCCAAAAAAAAAUCAAACAGCCAGGUAUGUGUUUUCAAUAUGGCAGUAAAGGCAAAAAAGUUCUAGCUCGCCAUCAAUCAGAAUCUAGUCACAAGGCUGCCAUUUGUGCACUCCAGCACACAUUCUCCCUGCCUGGUGUGACAACCACCACAAUGGAAGUACACGUAUCUAUGGCCGACCGUGUGUGCAAUCUGAAAGUAUGCAAAUGUUCUUUCAUAGCGGAGCAUGACCUGUUGCUCACAGUCUCACAACUGCUAGUUAAUCUGAUCCAAUCAUUUGCCAAAGACCAUUUGUAUGACUAAAACAAUGUACAAAAAUGUCAAGCAUUGCAAAAAGUAUCAGUUUUAUUUCGUAGAUUGAAAACAGCUUUGAAAAUAUGCAAACUGGCAAUAGAAAAGCUGUUCUAAAACAUCAUCUUCCUUUAAAACCCUAUUGGUCUUGAGUAUUUAAAAUUUAAAUUGUCAGUUAAAGGAAUAUGACUUAGCCUGAAAAAAGUUUUCAGAAGAAUUAUUUUUUUUUUUUUUGCACUUUAAUCCCUGCACAUAGUGUGUGGUGAUUUAUUUGAGCUUGGAUGUUUUUUGUGGGAAAGGGCUUCCAUCUAGCCACCCUACCCCAUAGCCCAGUUCUGUGAAGAAUAUGGGAGAUUGUUGUCACAUGCAGAGAGUAAACAGUACUUGUCCUAUAUUCCUGCAGCUCCUUUAAUAUUGCUGUAGGUCUCUUGGCAGUCUCCCUGUUAAGUUUUUGUGUUUUUGUCUUUUGUCCUUUUAUAAAUUUUGGAGGGACAUCCUAUUCUUGGUGAUGUCAGUGUGGUGCUCUAUUUUCUCCACUUGAUGCCUUUAUGGUGUUCCACGGUACAGCUAAUGAUUUGGAAAUUUUUUGUACCUCUCUCCUGAUCUACACCUUUUGACAGUGGGACCCUGUACAGGCUUUAAAAGCUUGCAUACCAUGGCUUCGGAAGUCAGAUGAAACCAAGAAGAUGUGAAGAAAAUCCGACAGAAACAGCUGGUCUUUAUUUGGGGUUAAUCAGAAUAAUUUUGAACAUGAGAUUGGAUGUGAUUGGUUCAUCCACCACAUCCCCAAUUAUAACAGAGAGUGUACACUUAUGCAACCAGUUUAUUGUAAGUUUUUUAUUUUUUCUAUUUUUCCCUAAAAUGUUUCUGAUU